AUGUGUGUUCUUAGCUCACUACAUUUAAAUUCAACUGAAUUUACAGAACCUUGUCUAACAGUUUUGAAUAAAAACAAAGAUGAUUAUCAAACUAGUUUCCCUGGGGAUGAUCCAGCUCUAUGGGUAAUUAAUGAAUCUGUUAGAGAUUAUAUUGCAUUACAUGGAUUUGAACAGAAUUUAAAUAUCAAUUUUUCCAAUACAAAAAAGACAUAUAAAAAAAAAAAUAGUCUAGGAGUAGUAUGUACAUAUAACAGAUAUUUAUCAAGAAAUUUCUUCAAUACAAAAUUAAUAAAUGGAAAAUCUAUACCAAGAAGUUAUAUAUCUUAUUCCAAAAGUACAAAGAGCUUAUUUUGUAUUCCUUGUAGAUUAUAUGGUGGAACAACAAGUUUUUCAACAACUGGCUUUUGUAAUUGGUGGAAAGGGGAAGAAAAAUUGCUACAACAUGAAAAUUCUAAAAGCCAUAAAAAUUGUGUUCUUAAUUUAAAACUAAGAGCAAAUGCAUUGGGUCGUAUUGACAAUCAUAUGGUGAUUCAAUUGGAUACUGAAGUUAAAUACUGGAAAGAUGUUUUAAUUAGAGUAGUCGCAGUAGUAAAAUCGCUGUGUUUGCGAGGAUUGUCUUUCAGAGGAGCUGAAGAUAAAUUUGGAUCUGUACAUGGUGGUAACUUUAUUAUGAGUCUUGAACUCAUUGCUGAGUUUGACCCCUUUUUAGCUAAACAUAUUUCAGACUAUGCUAAUAAGGGUAAAGGUUCUACAUCAUAUCUGUCAUUUGCUACGUUUGAAGAAUUUAUAAAACUUAUGAGUAAAAAAGUAUUCCAAACAAUUAUAAACGAAAUAAAACAAGAAAAGUAUUUUUCUAUUGUAGUCGACUCCACUCCGGAUAUUUCCCAUUGCGAUCAACUUUCUAUAAUAUUUCGGUAUGUAAAAGAAAAUGGGGAACCUGUAGAGAGAUUUUUAAUGUUCUUAACAAAUAUUGGUCAUAAAUCUAAAGAUUUAGCUGAUAAUAUUUUAAAGUUUAUCGAUUCAAAUGGAUUGGAUAUUAAAAACUGUCGCGGACAAUCCUACGAUAAUGCUAUGAACAUGUCUGGAAUAUACUCUGGCCUCCAAGCACAAAUUAAAAAAGCAUGCACGUAUGCAGUUUACGUUCCUUGUUCUGCCCACUCAUUGAAUCUGAUCCAUAUGAAAAAAACACAAACCAAGUGUGAGGCAAGAGGAAUUUUAAAAACAUUAAAUAGUUUAGAAAUUGGAAUUUUAAUAGCAAUUUGGGGAGAUAUAUUGCAACGCUUUAAUAAAGUAAACAAAGAACUUCAAAAAGUUUCAAUUGAUUUAGAAACUGUGAUAUCAAUGUAUAACUCUCUUAUCCAAUAUAUCAAUGAUCUAAGAGAUAGUUUCGAUCACUAUGAACAAAUUGGGAAAACAAAAUGUGGAAUCAAUGAAUAUAAAACUAAGAGACAAAAUAAAAAACUCAAAAUUGGAGAAGUUGAUUUAAAUUCUAAAGAAUCAUUUAAAAUUAACACUUAUAUUGUAAUCAUGGACUCCUUACUUACUGAGUUGAGAAAAAGAAAAAUAGCAUAUGACCUGGUAAAUGAAAAUUUUUCAUUCUUCUUUAAUAUAACCAAAUUAAGCAUUAGUGAAGUUAGAGAAAAAGCUGAACGGUUAAGAAAACACUAUUCAACGGAUCUGGAUUUAUCAUUUUCAAACGAAUGUAUACAUUUUCGUAGCUAUUUACUUACCUUACCUAAGGAACAAUUACCUAAAUCAAUUAUAGAUAUGUGUGUAAUACUUAAAAAUGAAGGACUUGAAGACAUAUACCCAUACGUAAAUAUUGCUCUAAGAAUGUAUCUAUGUUGCCCUGUGUCUAACUGCUCUUCAGAGCGAUCGUUUAGUGCACUUAAACGCAUUAAAAGUUAUUUGCGGUCGAGGAUGACUGAUGAACGACUAAACAAUAUCGCCAUAUUAAAUAUCGAAUCAGAUAUUACAAAAGGUUUAGACUAUGAUGAUAUAAUCAAUGAACAAUUUAUUAGCUUAUUAGGUAAUCCUGUGGCUUCUGCAGGUACAGAAAAAUCUUUUCCUAAAUUGAAAAACACUAAAAAUUAUCUUAGUAGUAAUAGUACCAUUUCUAAAGACCGACUUUUUGAAUUAACGACGCUCUCAAUCGAAAAUGAAUCAGUAGAAACAUUAGAUUAG